UUCUUUUAGUACACUGAAGGGAGUGAAGGCGGAUCAGAAUAAAGUAUAUUUAAGGACUAAAAAGGAGGUUAAAAGAAAUCCUAACCCUGAGAAUUAGACCAUCUACUCGUAGACCAAGAGGUCUACGAUCCAAUCAACAAGAUGUUUUCUUGCAAAACAUGCACAUGAUAAAUAUGAUGUGAUUACAGCUCUUCCACAUCAUGGCCCUGGGAAUCGGGGGUGCUGAAGCAUAUCUACAUGUAUAUGGCUCAGCGGAAACGUUUGCAAACCAAAAAAGGAGUGAAUAAUGACAUGAAUGAGUGAUCUGUAGAGCUUUACUGUGACUCAUUUGAUGACAAUCUGUUCGGCAUGUUCGGUGGAUUGGCAUGAUUUAAAGAAUGCCACUCAUAAUAUACAAUUGAAAUCUACAAGGAAUCGCUACGGGCAAGAUGAAACUCGUAAAAUUCACCAAGUUCACGUUACUGACUAUAGCAUUCACCUCUUUGACCAAUGCUGCAAAUAUCCUUGUUACUGUCUUAGUUCCAGAAUACACCAGUCAUCCUAAAAGCAUGUCCGCUAUAACAGGAGCAUUGAGCAGUCGCGGCCACAACGUCACCAUCCUGACCUGCUCAUUUGUAGGAACAGAAGGCUUCCCGAUGGACACCUACAGCACCGCCCUCCACUACCGCUUCGAUGUUCCUUCAGGAUACGAGGGCACCCUGGACACCAUGAUAGAGGAUUUCUUUCAGAAGGGUCCGUUAAGUAAUAUGAUAGAUAUAGGGAAACUGUACUCUUGGAUAAGGUUAGCUUUCCAAAGUCUCCUUGAGGACUCCGCUGUUCUGUUUCGGCUGAAGGAAUCACAUUUUGAUAUCCUGAUCGGGGAUGUCGUUGACGGAUGUGAUGCGAUCCUCAGUAGUUACCUAGGUAUACCGCACAUAGCUGUGACGACGACAACGAGAUAUUUUCUUUUUCACGAACGCCUCUACGGGAUUCCAGCGCCUUCAUCGUACGUACAAUAUUCACUCCCCUUAUCAGAUCAGAUGACGUUUCUGGAGCGGGUUGCCAGCUUCAUGGACCAUAACCUUGUGUCGAGAUUUUUAGAGUGGGUUCACUUCGGAGCUUUAGACGAGAUAAAGGACGCGCAUGGUAUUGCUCCAGGACGAAGCACCCAAGAGCUCGUAGGAGAUGCAGAGUUGUGGAUGUGCAUGACGAGCUUUGCCUUUGAUUUCCCUCACCCAACAGCACCCAACUGGGUAGCUAUCGGAAAUACGGUCGGUGUCCCAGCAAGACCGUUAGACAAGGUAAACUACAUGAUGAUUAUAUCUAUAGCUUAUGGCUAUACCCAUACUUUCUUUCCUGUACACGUGUGGGUGGAGCAAAUGCAAGUGUGGAUGAAAGUUUUCCAAAUUGAUAUGACUAGAAUUCAAACCUAUAUCGAUUGUGAUCUAUCAAUAAUUUUACACUCCAGGCCCUACACAUUCCUAAUGCAGUAUCGGACUCGACAUUGAUAUUCUGAAAUCGAAAUGAUAAUAAUACAUUCUCGUGACUUAACAAUUUCAUUUUUAGAUUUGCGCGAAGCGCUGAGGGAGCCGAAUACAAAGUGACAGAGAAAGAUGAAAAUAUAGGAAGAAGAAGAAUGAAAAAGAAAAGAAGAAGAAGACGACAAAGAAGAAAAAGAUAAGAAGAAGAGCAAGAAGAAGACGAAGAAGAAAAUAUGAAGAAGAAGAAGAGGAAGAAGAAGAAGAAGACUUUUUUUGACUUUUCAAAAUGAAACUUUAUUUACAAGCAAACUAUAACAUAUAUUCAAAUAAAAUAUCAGAAUAAUAUACUUCGUAAGUACAAAUAAGGACUCAUUAAAAACAAACCAAGAAAUAACGUCAAACAACCAGUAAAGUUACAGUAGGCCUACAUUCAUACAUUCAAAAUGACCAAACUAACUCAAAGAGGUGCCGACAGAACAAAGGGCAUUUUUCACGCACCAUCGCUUUGAGAAGGCAGUAUCGUUAUUUUGUAACUUAAAAAACUCAUAAACAAGAAAAUUCCUACUUUUCAAUUUGGAUUUCCAAACCAAUAGGGGAUCUGAAAGAUUCAAAGUACGAUACAGCCAAUAAAUGGUACUUUUGAAACUAAUUAACAAAAAGUUACAUAAACGCACGGCUUCCUUGCAGCGGCCCGAAGCAUGAGGAACCAGUGCCCAGUAUAAAUCGAAGUCGAUAUUAAUGUUCGGAAUGAGUCGGUGAAUCAGACGAUGUAAAACGUUGAGGGAGUACUGGAUGGCCGGGCACUGUAUGAAUAGAUGGAUGAUGGUCCCAGUCUCAAAGCACCAUCUGAACUGUAUCGGAAUGUCCUUGUUAAAAUGGUGAAGAACUGGUAAAGAUGGCAAACAUUGUGGAGUAGCUUAUAUUGUGUGUCUCCGCCCUUUUUUAUCUUUGGUGGGGCAUAUAUUUCUGUCCAGUUUAUUUUCUUGCUACUUGAGAUAAUUCCAUUUUCAUGCCAGAA